CAACACAUUUGUAAGUGUGUUCGGUGUUGUUGGGGAGCUUUGCUGAACAUCACAUGUGAUACAAGUUUACAUCGGUUUGUGGAGGAUAAUUACACUGUUUACCCAAGGUCACUUUUUAUAUCCAGUGAAGUUGAUAGCAGGAUUAGAAGAUCACCUUAAUCAUGGCUGACAAGAAGAAGGAUCCCAAGGAUGAUGACGACUUCGACUUUUUUGCACCACAUCCUCAUCCCACCAAAGUGAGAGUAAAGAACUCUUUCUUCAACAUGGUACCAGAUGCAUAUAGUGGAAAAUCCAUUGAUUUCAAAGAAGAUCCAAGGAGGACUCCAACCAAGAAACCCAAUAAGAGUAUUGCAGAGGCUGAGAAUGAAGAGACGAAGGAAGAAGAGACGAAGGAAGAAGAGAAGAAGAAGGAAGAAGUACCUCCUGUGGAAGAGAAGCUGGAGGCAGAAGCUGUGGUGACACAGGAGGCCAACCCCUGGGAUCAGUCAGACACGAGUGCACAGUCACGGCUGUUCCUUAAAGGAGGCAAAAUAGUUAACGAUGAUCAGUCUUUUGAUGCAGAUAUCUAUAUUGAAGAUGGAAUUAUCAAACAGGUGGGUAACAAUCUCGUCAUUCCUGGGGGAUCACGGACGAUUGACGCCCGCGGCAAACUCAUUAUACCAGGCGGUAUUGACACACAUACACACAUGCAGUUGCCAUUUAUGGGAACAUUUGCCGUGGACGAUUUUUACAGUGGAACCAAGGCGGCUCUUGCAGGAGGGACAACCAUGAUCAUUGAUUUUGUCCUGGACCAAAAGAAUGUAUCCCUACUGGAAGCGUAUGACAAAUGGAGGAACUGGGCUGAUGGCAAAGUCUGCUGUGACUAUGGCCUUCAUGUUGGUGUCACAUGGUGGUCAGACCAGGUCUCCAAGGAGAUGGAGAUCCUUUGUAAAGAGAAAGGUGUGAACUCGUUCAAGGUGUUCCUGGCAUACAAGGAUGUUUUCAUGUUGGAAGAUGAUGAAGUAUACCAGACCUUCACACGGUGUCGAGAGCUAGGAGCCAUUGGCAUGGUCCACGCCGAGAAUGGACAUUUAAUUGCAGAGAAAUCACUGGAGAUGAUAGAGAAUGGUAUCACUGGGCCCGAGGGUCAUGAAAUGUGUCGCCCAGAGGAGGUGGAAGGUGAGGCUGUCAACAGAGCCGUUACGAUAGCCAGUCAGGCCAACUGUCCACUUUACAUAUGUAAGAUCAUGAGCCGGACAGCUGCCAAUGCAUUGGCUGAUAGUCGUAGGAAAGGCAAUGUUGUGUUUGGGGAACCAAUUGCUGCUAGUCUGGGUACAGAUGGAACCCACUACUGGAACAAAUGCUGGAGACAUGGGGCAGGGCAUGUAAUGGGACCACCACUUAGACCUGACUCUACCACCCCAGGCUAUCUCAUGGACCUGUUGGCAAAUAAUGACCUUCAAGUAACUGGAACAGAUAACUGUACAUUUAACGCUGACCAGAAGGCUUUGGGCAAGGACGAUUUUAGAAAGAUACCUAACGGUGUGAAUGGUGUGGAGGAUAGAAUGUCGGUCAUCUGGGAAAAGGGAGUGGCAUCUGGUAAGAUGGAUCCUUGUAGGUUUGUAGCUGUCACUAGUACAAAUGCUGCCAAGAUCUUCAACAUUUAUCCUCAAAAGGGCCGUAUUGCAGUAGGAUCUGAUGCAGACAUCGUAAUCUGGGACCCCAAGGCGACCAGGACUAUCUCUGCUAAGACCCACCAUCAAGCUGUAGAUUUCAAUAUAUUUGAGGGCAUGACAUGUCACGGUGUGCCAGAGUAUGUCAUUACCAACGGCCAUGUCGUGUUAGACGAGGGACAGUUGCGUGUGACACAGGGAAUGGGCCGAUUUAUUCCAACACCAUGUAACUCGGAAAUUGCAUUUAGCCGAAUCAGAGAGAGGGAGAGGACCUGUAAGCCAUGUAAGGUAGAGAGAGAUGGAUACGAAGGACCAGUCGCCAAGCUGGAUGGAAAUGCUCCCGAGAUGAUUACAAGGAGUAGUAACCCAAUCCUGUCUGCGGACGCGGGAUCGGACAAGUUUAAUUCUCACAGUCGACCAGCUACCAGCAGCGGUGGGAGAAACCUUCAUGACUCUAGCUUUAGCCUCAGUGGUGCUCAAUAUGAUGACAAACAGGCUAGAAAACCAUCAACACGCACGCUAAACCCACCAGGCGGGAGAUCCGACGGCAUCUGGUAAACACGGCAGGUUUAACACUGGAUAACGGGGUUACAGGGGCCAUGAGUGACAGAGAUGGGUCUGUUUUAUUUCAUGAAUAUGCAGCAGUAACUGAUUGCCGCUUUUAUUGUUAGUUUGUGGAGCAGGUCUAGGUCAUUUCAAGUCAAGGUCAAGGUCAGGGAUUGUAGAGCUAACUGUCUCCAAUCAGAAAAGUAGCAUGUCCAGCUUGUACUCAACUUAGAUAUAUAAACAAAACAAAGACUUUUUGAAUUUCAAAAUAGGAUUUAAAAUUUGAAUUUGUACAUUUGAUAUAUAUAUAUAUAUAUUGAGAGUAGAAAUGGAUUUGUAGGGUCCAUCAUAACCAAACAAAACCUACAACUCUCUUUGUCAGCCAUUUUAUCUAUACAUAUUUGUUUUUGCAAUCAUUAUGUUAUUGACUUCCAUAUUUUAAACCGGUUGUAAUCAGUGUUGUCAGUCUUGAAAGUUUGGAUCAUUUCUCUGACUGAGCAGUUGAUGAGAUCUCAGUCUGUUUAUUUGAUGGCAAAUGAAAAAGUGAAUUCAAGAAUCAGAAGAAAUUCUGGCCUGAUUAUUUGUACAAUAUGAAUGGAGUGAAGAUGAAAGGGAAUAUUUAGAUGUCACUAUGACUAGGAUUGAGACUGUUGGUGCCUUUCCUCCGAUGUAAUGAAUCUCGUAUCACAGAAUCCUCAAAUACAUACAGACCAUCUGUUUCAAGUGGUUUAACUCAUAGCUCAUAUCUACUCUGCAACACAGUAACAAACUUAAUUGUACUGUUUUAUAGAUCUGGUGCGUUUAUACCUUAAAUUAUUAAUUAAUGACAAUCAAAAAUAGCCUUAACAAUAAAAUCACCUAACCAAUAGGUUCUGAAUUCUAGAAUACACCUUAUUAGUUUGAUACACAAAGACCUCCUAUAUUAGAAUGUGUUGAUGUUCGUGAAAUGGUUUAGGAAUCGAGUCCUAAGGGGAUAUGUUGUUGAUGUGUUCGUGUUCUACACCCUCAUCUACUUGGAAACCAUCGGAAUGUUGGAAGUUUACACGAGGACUACAUAAACUGAUAUCCAAAUUAAUAUACAUGUCUUUAACUUCAUUUAUAUCAAUCUAUGGUGAUAAUACUUAAAAUUAAAAACCAAAAUUACAAUAUACUGCUGCUCCGUUCGAAUUACUAAUAAACCUGUUGUUGUCUACUUUAUUUGUACACCGUGAUCUCUGACUUUAGACAAAACGGUUUCAUUAUAAAAUUGGAUUUGCCAUUGUGGAUGUGAGGGGGUUGCCUUCGGAUCUGUCUCCCCAUAACAUGUACUUAUCACUCUGCUAAGUCUCUGGGUUUAUACACUGUGCCCUUAUGGUUCUGCAAUUUAUAUUUGGUGAAAAAUAUUGUUAUGUGAGAUUGUUUAUGAGCUUAAACAGUAUUUAAUUUGUGUCAGUGGAAAUAGCAUUAUGUAUAUUUAUGCUGAACUGUUUUAAAAGUCCUGCAACCAACUUAUAUCCGAUUAUCAUGCCUUAAAUGUUACGGAUUAGAAUUAGGAAUGAAUUUCAGUUGUGAAAGAACAUUUCAAAGUCAAGAAAAACAUCCUGAAAAAUAUUCAGAAUUAAUUAUUUUGAUUGUAAGAAUUUGUAUUAAUAGUUAGUAUUCUUGUAUCAUUUCCUGUCAAAUUCAUUGUACAUAUGAAUGGCUGGUAUUAUCAGUACUGUGUAUUUGUAUGUAUGACAUCUGGGUCCAAGUUUCACAGACAGAUCUAAUUUACUAAAGGUUAGUAUAAUAAGAGACUUGAAAUGAGGGAAAUUUGUUACAGUAGCUAGGAAGAUAGUCUGUGAACCUCAUGGGCCUGGUAUAUUUGUGUAUAAAUUGUCAUUGAAUAUAAGUGUGGUGAACAUCCUGGGUGAUUAACAGUCUGCACAUGUGUUAGUAAUACUUAGAGGGAAAGAAAAAGGUCCUUGAACUCCAUCACUAUUUUCUGACGGUGAAGUAAAUUUGACCUGUUACCAGUGAAUCUGACAGCAUUAAAGUAUUGAAAUUUUCUCUUAAGAUAAACAGAGAUCUUCCUUUUUGAAAACAAAAAUUGGUAAUAAAGUAAAAUAUGUACAUUGUGUAAUUAGAUUUGCAUAGACACAAGUUUUCACUGAUCAUUUCUUUUUCUGUGUGAGAGAAAUAUAAUUAAAUUGAUAAAUUGAAACUAAAAAUGAAGAAAUGAUUUGAACAUUGUAAGUUACUAUAAAAGAAAUCUGUGAUGCAUUGAUGCUUUCACUGGUGUAUACAAGAUUAUUUUUGUGUUUGAAAUAAUUAAUCACUGCAGUAUUUAACACACUGCAAACAAUUUCUCUUGAUUGAAUGCUCUGAUCUAUAGUACAAGGAAACACAUUGGUCAUUGUGGAACCUAUAGAUGGAUAUAAUAGGGUAAUCUUAGUUUCACCUCCAGGCAUUCUCUUUGGAUGUCAGUGUUGGUACACGCUAGAUCACUGUAAAUUUCUCUCCUUUAUCCUCUGGAUAUUCAACACACUUGGUAUCCGUCAAGAAAAGCAUCAAUAUUUAGUCCCAAAUUAUUUCUUGUGAACAAGUUUGAUUCACUGAAUAUUUCAGGCUAGGGAUAUAACACUGAUUUGUUAUCAAUAGAGAAUGUUAUUUCCAAAUUACCUCCCUUUGCUUUGUUUGGUUGUUAGUUAUACAAGAAACCAUGCUAGUAUCCAGUAUGUGAUUAAGUUGUCUGUAUGGAGUCGUUAUUUGGUACAUGUAUUUACAUGAAUCAUGUGUUUUUGAUGUUAUUGUAACCUCAUAAAUUAUUUGUUGGUUUAUAUAGUAGAAAUGCUUGUGCUAUUUCUGUAAAUCUCUUCAUUUUCAGUAAAUGUUAAACUACUUGCCUGGACAAAUUUCCAUGUGAACAAAAGAUCUCAAGAUUUGUUUUGGAAAUAAAGCUUUUCCCUUUCACUGGAAGUCUUUGGUUAAUGGAAAGUUUUUAUUGACAAAUAAGUGAGAAACAACACUUUUAUGAGACUUCAAUUAAUCAUACUCAUCUUCCUUUCUAGAAAGGUGUACAGAUGGAAGGGCAGGUGCUCAUACUAGGUCAAAUAUGGUACUUAGAUAUUUUACCAUCAUUUUACCAUCCAAAUGAUGAGUGACUACCGUAACAGUGUGUACUGUGAGAGUUUAACACCUACUCUGACAUGAUCUUGUGUAAAAUAAGUCUUAAAUAUUCUGAAUGAAGGUCAAUAUUUGUGUAUCCUGAAAGUGAAGUGAUUGACAAAUUUCAGCAGGAGUUAAUCAUUACAAACACUGCCUUUGUAACUAUGUCAGCUAGAGUUUGUCCUGUCAGCAAUAUUUCAAAUACUUUUCUGUAUGGAAUAAAUAUUAAGUUAAAGAAACUAAA